AUGUCAAAGCCAGAGUUUGACAGCGAUGGUUUUCAAAUAGUAAAAUCAAAAAACUCAUUGAAAUCAAAAGUAAUAGUGCCGACAAAAGAUUUUAAGAAACAAGAUAUAAAAAUAGAUAUUGAAAAAUCACGGAGACGUAUUGAAAUUGCAAUUGAAGAAGUGAAGGAAUCUCAAUAUUUAAAAGACGUUGUACAGAAAGUAAGUCAAAUUGCUGAUGAUAAAAAUAUAGUAGAAAUCAUCUGUUUUGGUCUUGGACAUAUAAGCGAAUGUAACAUUUCCCGAUAUCAACUCGCUCUAUUAUUAUGUUUGAAGCAAAAAUUUAACCCACAUGACGUAUUUGUUCACGAUCCAAUAUUUUAUACAAACGAAUGUACACUUUUAACUAAGUUUGGCUUAUCUGUAAUUGUUGAAAAUACUGAAGGAAGUUAUGUAAUAAGGAAACAAGGUGUUACCUUAGCUUACUUCCCACACUGUCCAAAACAACUUACUAAUAACUUUCUGUGGAGUAAUUGGGGACUGAAUUUGGACAAUUCCAUCCUUAUCUGCAAUAGUUUCUCAUCACUCGUUGUCAAUCAACCUAGUAGAGUAUUAAAACAAAUAGUGCCUUGUAUAAGCAAUAUACAUCCGUUAACAUCGGAAGUUACUCUAGAAAACAGUUUCGUGUACAAAGAUAUAUUUAACGACACAUCAAUACACUACUUCCCUAAAGAGAAACUCGAAUCAGUUCCAUCUAACUUCUGGCUUGCAGACGACAAACCAGAUUAUAAAAAUAUUGAAGAAUUCAUAACAUCUGAAAUGAUUGACAAAUUAACCUUAUAA